AUGAUGGCAUACAAAAUAGCAGUCGUUGGAGCAACAGGAGUUGUAGGGCAAGCUAUGCUAAAUUUUUUAGCGAAUAGAGAUUUCCCUUGUUCAGGUGUGAUCGCUUUAUCUUCAAAAGAAUCUAUAAAUAAAGAAGUUUCUUUUGGGGAAAAUGAAGUUCUAAAAGUUCAGGAUCUAGAAGGAUUCUCAUUUGAAGGGAUAGACUUUGUGUUAAGCGCCAUUUCACCGGAAUUAACACGCAGAUUUGCCUUUAAAGCUGCUGCAGAAGGAGCGAUUGUUAUAGAUAACUCUCCUGCUUUUCGUCGCGAAAAAGAUGUUCCCCUCAUUAUUCCCGAAUUAAAUGGUGAUCUUUUAGAUCAAAAAAUCGAACUAGGAAUCAUUGCGAGCCCAAACUGUAUAGCAAUUCCACUUGCUUUAUCUUUAGCCCCUUUAAAAACUGUAGGAAAAAUUCACCGGGUCGUUACCUCAACAUACCAAUCUGUUUCCGGAGCAGGGCGAUCCGCUAUGGAUGAACUCUUUUCUCAAACACGCCAAGCUUUUUCUAAUGACGUAAAAGAAAGCAAAAACUUUUCACGUCAAAUUGCAUUUAAUGUCAUUCCUGCUAUCGGGGACUUUGAUCAAAAUGGCAUUACGGGAGAAGAAGAUAAGAUUUCUUAUGAAACUCAAAACCUAAUAGAUUUACAAAUAGAGAUGAGUGUAACAGCU